GGUGAUGAAUUUAAGACGUUAUCUACUCAGUGUUAAAGUGCUGAAUGCGUUUAGCUGAGCUGUUAGUGGAGGAUCGUCUGCUGUAUCGUGUUUAUCAGCAUGUCUGAGCCUGAGAUGUUGAAAGUAUCAUUCAUUUUUCCAAAUGGAGACAAAUAUGAGGGGGAGUGCGGUCGUACCCCCGAUGGUGUGUUGAUUAGACAAGGCAUUGGCACACAGAUCUCUUCCUCUGGAACAACGUACACUGGAGAAUGGAGCAAUGACAAGAUGAAUGGCAGUGGGACUCUUUCUCACCCCUCAGGCGCGGUGUAUGCAGGGCAGUUCAGAGAGAACAUGUAUCAUGGCAGCGGAACGUACUCCUUUCCUGAUGGGACCAAAUACGCUGGAAGUUUCAACAACAACAGAUUUGAAGGUGAGGGCGAGUUCGCUGACUCAGAGGGACGCGUGUGGACUGGAACCUUCCACAGAAAAGCAGCACCAGGACUCAAACUCAAGCUUAACAUGUAACACAAAUGCUGCAUGAGCUCUGUAGAAGUGAGGCCUUAACGCAGUGGCUCUGUUUUGAUUUCCAGACACUGCGCAUUCUUUGAUCAACAAGUAAGUAUGUGUUCCUCUUAUAACAGAACACUCAUUGUCUGUCUUGAAAAAAGGGUAUUUUUUUUCAUGCUGCUUCUGAUCUUCCAUUCUGUAAGAGUUUUUAAAAAAUAUUGCGCAGAACUAAGACAUUAAAAGCAUUAAAAAUGGGAAAAAAAUAUUUUUUGAGGAACUCGUAAGAGAUGUACAAUACAUUUAUAUUAUUAACUUUAAAAAUUGGGGGGAGAUUCUGUCUCAUUUUGAAACUGCAUCGUUAAUUCUCCAUUCUACACAGUCUAAGGCCCAAUCCCACUUCUUAUGUGUACCCCUACCCCUUGUUUUCGAGUGUCAUCUUGCCCCUUGGAACUGAGUUAUAACGGGUAGUGGUAGAAAUCUUCCCUACAAAAUGGGACCCUCAAAUAAAAAGAACAUUACUUCAUUAACAGCUUCUAGCGCUGCUCUGUAAGCGACCCUGCAGUGAUAGCAGAGGAGGGUAAAGUUCAGCAACCUUGCUGCUGGGCUUUAGUUACAUUUAUGGCAUCAUGUGCCUUGAAAGAGGGGGCAAUGAUUUAUUAUCACCCACCCUAAAUCUUCAGUGAUAUGACGCUGAAUUCAGCUAUUCGCCAGCUUCUUGUUUGAAUUUUCCCGUUCCACCUUAAACGAGGCAGCAGUUCUGAUGCCUGAGGUGCCAGAAUGUAACUGCUGCACCAUUUAAGGUGGAACAGGAAGUUUAGCGAGCUACAGAGACAUGAGCUACUACUAUCCAUUUUUAUGCUUGUUAUGAAGAAAAGGGUCAUAAUACAUUGAAACAACGUUUAACUAAGAUUAUACAGUGGUUGUCGUAAUUUUUGGAGUGCGCCUCUGUAAAACCUCCAUUUGGACAGCCUUGUAGCCUUAAAACCUUGCCCUACCCCUCAAUCUCAUCAAAAAUCAGGACACCUGACUGGUAGAGGAGAGGGGUGAAGUGGGAUUGGGCCUUUAUAUUAAACAACAUUCAUGUAAACCCUCAGGGCCUUCCAGGCCUUCGAGGAGAGCUUAGCAAUUUCUGUGAAAUAAAAUAAUUACAUGUCUGUAA